CACCGCCUCACUCAAGCACCGCACGCAUCUGAUUCUCUCUCUCUCUCUCGUUUUCGCUUCGUCUCAACUCCAUCCAAAAACGCACUUGCUGAUAUUGCUUCGACCUCACUCUCUCUCUCUCUCUAACCACUCGCUUGUUAGCUCUCCCACCAAAACCCAACCGCAAAUCUAAUCCUUAUCAUAUUCCUUAAUUCCUUGUUCCUUGAGCGGUGGCAUUCAUAGUGUUGGUGGUUUGUACCAUGAUCGAAGUGGAGCAAUCGAGGCCGCUCAAUCCGGUCAUGACCUUCGACGAGGUCUCCAUGGAGCGCAGCAAGAGCUUCGUCAAAGCUUUGCAGGAACUGAAGAACUUGAGACCUCAACUAUAUUCUGCUGCAGAAUAUUGUGAAAAAUCAUUUCUUCAUAGUGAGCAGAAACAGAUGGUGCUGGACAACUUGAAAGAUUAUGCCGUUCGAGCCCUGGUAAAUGCUGUUGAUCACCUUGGGACAGUUGCAUACAAAUUAACUGACCUUCUUGAGCAGCAAACAUCAGAAGUCUCAACUAUCGAGCUGAAUAUUUCUUGCGUAAAUCAGCAACUUCUGACAUGUCAAACAUACAUGAGUAGAGAAGGUCUCAGGCAGCAGCAGUUGUUGGCAUUCAUUCCCAGACAUCAUAAGCACUACAUUUUGCCAAAUUCUGUCAAUAAGCGGGUACAUUUUAGCCCACACAUACAGACUGAUGCUGCGAAAAACAGUUUUCAAGCUAGAGCUCGUCUUCGGCCCUCAGGUAUCCCAGCAUCAAAAACUCUUUCAUGGCAUUUAGCCUCAGAAACGAAAUCCACCUUGAAAGGGAUUCCACAUGCUUCAACCAGCACUGAAGAUGCAAGAACCUCUGGAAAGACUUCAGAGGUUUUCCAUCUUAUAGAUGUUGAGGAGACUUCGAGGACCAAAUCCUCAGCAGCUCAUCUACAGUUACCAAGUGGUGGCCCUGCUUCUGGUGCAAUUGUGCAGACAUCGGGUGCCACUGUAAGGGAUGCAAUGGAGAGUUCCAAAGCAUUGACAACAUACAGGUCAUUUGAAAACCAAAACCGACGUGCAAUUGUGCGUGUCCCUGUUCGGAGCAAAAGCGUACUAUCAUCCUUCUUCGUCAAACAGAAAACAUCAAAGAUGAAGGCCGGUUCUGUUGCGUGAAUCUUCAGAACAAAUCAAAGAUGCCACCCCGCAAACCUUGGGUCGAGUUGCCAGGAAAUCUCUUCUAUGCUUGAUGAUGAGCUGUUUUCUUGGCCAUUAAUUAGUUCAGCAAUUGCUUGAAAUCAAAUUUUACUCUACUCCAACCCUUUCAUUUUAGCUUUCUAAUAAUGUGCAAAUUUGCACGGUGAAGAUGGUCAGGAUCUGCUCACUGGAGUAUAAGCCCUGAUCUCUAGGAUGUCAUAAAUACUUCUUUUGUCCAGAGUAUGCUAAUUGAUGCCAAUGUCUAUCAUUUUCA